AUGCCUAAUUUACUUAAUCUUCUUUCAUCAGAAUUAAUACCAUUCAUAAUGAAGUAUCUUCUGAUCCAAGAUCUUAAAAAUUGCUGUAGUUUAGAUGAUAUAUGGAAAGCUGAAGUAAUUAGAGAAAUUUGCAAAAGAUUAAUAGUGGACUAUAUAUUCGUUGAUAAAAAUACAACUAUUAAAGCGCUAAUUGACCCUAAGUCCCAGCAUGGUAGUAUUAGUAAAACACUUGCCAAAAAAAUAGAUUUAUAUAUUUCUAGAGAAUAUGGAUCAAGAUAUCCUGCAGUAAUAGACCUUGGUAUUGGUGUAACAAAUGCUGGCAAGAAAGUGAUGAGGAGGGGUUGGAUUGACAGAGAAAAAGUUUCCAUUACUUUGCCAAAUAUCUUUGAUGAUAUAGUACCCUCUUUAUAUUUGGGAAUAGAUACAGCAAAUUUUGUAGUUGUUGACAAGCCUGAAUAUGAUUUGGUUUUAGGAUAUGUAUAG